CAUCGAAGUCUGUUGGAGCUGCCGGCACAGACUUGCUUCAUAGUUUCUUUCUUUCAAGAUGCAUUUCCUCAAGGGCUUGGUCGUCUCUUUAUUGCCCUUCGCUGCGCUUGCAGCCAAGAAACCUGCCGCGGACAAGUUUCAGCAAUUCCACACGAAAGCUCUCUCGUCGACUCCUUUGAAGCUCGACGACACAUCUUAUGGACAAUUGACGUCUGGGGGAAGAGAUUACUCCGUUGCAGUACUAUUGACUGCUCUGGAGAACAGAUUUGGAUGUCAAUUGUGUCGAGAAUUCCAACCAGAAUGGGACCUUCUAUCAAAAAGUUGGACGAAGGGCGACAAGAAGGGAGAAUCACGUUUGAUAUACGGGACAUUAGAUUUCAGUGAAGGGAAGGGGACCUUUCAAUCUCUUGGUCUACAAACAGCUCCUGUACUACUGCUCUUCCCACCUACCCAAGGUCCACACGCAGUAUCCGACAGCGCUCCUCUCAGAUAUGAUUUCACGAGCGGUGCCCCACCUGCAGAACAAAUUCAUGCCUGGAUCUCUCGACACCUACCAGAUCGACCACAUCCUGAGGUCCACCGACCUGUCAACUGGAUGCGAAUCAUUGCUGUUACCACGACUCUCCUGGGAACUGUCACAUUCAUCAGUGUUGCUUGGCCCUACCUCCUCCCAGUCAUCCAAAACCGCAAUGUAUGGGCAGCUAUCAGCUUAAUUGCUAUCCUUUUGUUCACCAGUGGCCAUAUGUUCAACCACAUCCGGAAGGUCCCAUAUGUUGCAGGCGAUGGACGGGGCGGUGUCAGCUACUUUGCUGGUGGAUUCUCCAACCAGUUUGGUCUUGAAACCCAGAUUGUUGCUGCUAUGUAUGGUCUUCUCUCCUUUGCGACCAUUUCCCUGGCCCUCAAGGUACCAAGAAUAGUGGACCCAAGAACACAGCAAGUUGCUGUGCUCAUCUGGGGAGGUGUCAUCUUCGUGAUGUACAGCUUCCUCCUCAGUGUUUUCAGGAUCAAGAAUGGAGGAUACCCUUUCUGGCUUCCACCUUUCUCAUAGAUUCAAAGCCCCGUAUUAGAUCUAGGAGAAUGUGAGCGAGGAGGGAAUGUACCAAGUCAACAAAGUUGUAUCAUAGGCGGGAGGUUAGCAUUCACAAAAUCAAAAGUCAUUCGGGUUCUGGGCCAUUCAUUCUAGGAUAAUGUCUAACACCAAGACAAUAACCAAUGAUGGGAGUUUUCAUGUGACUAGAACUUAGCUUGGCAACCCCUCAUCAGCAGCACCAACCCAUCGGAAGUCUCUCCGAACCAAUGAUAAAAUGCGUUCAACUUCUGGAAUUUUGCCAUCGAAAUAUGCUAUGUUAAAGAAAGGGUCUAGAUUGUUGAAACGAAGAAGGCAGUGGUCUCCACAUACCGAGUGGUAGAAAGUUGCAUGAGUAUGUUCUAGCAAGCAGUAUUCGUACGAUCGGCA